AUGCGCCGUGGGUGCGGAAGGCGCGGGGCGGCCAUGGCGUCAGGGUGCCGCGUCGGCCCGUCCAUCCUCAACAGCGACCUGGCGGCGCUGGGUGCGGAGUGCGUCCGCAUGCUGGACUGCGGGGCUGACUACCUGCACCUGGAUGUAAUGGACGGGCACUUCGUCCCCAACAUCACGUUCGGGCACCCGGUGGUGGAGAGCCUGCGCCAUCGCCUGGGCCAGGCGCCCUUCUUCGAUAUGCACAUGAUGGUUGCCAAACCAGAGCAGUGGGUAAAACCAAUGGCUGUGGCAGGUGCAAACCAGUACACCUUUCAUCUAGAAGCUACAGACAAUCCAGGGGCAUUAAUCAAAGACAUUCGAGAAAAUGGAAUGAAGGUUGGUUUAGCUAUCAAACCAGGGACUACAGUUGAAUAUUUAGCACCAUGGGCCAACCAGAUAGAUAUGGCAUUGGUGAUGACAGUGGAACCUGGAUUUGGAGGGCAGAAGUUUAUGGAAGAUAUGAUGCCAAAGGUUCAGUGGCUAAGAACACAGUUUCCUUCCUUGGACAUUGAAGUGGAUGGUGGAGUUGGGCCUGACACCAUCCAUAAGUGUGCAGAGGCAGGGGCAAAUAUGAUUGUGUCUGGCAGUGCCAUCAUGAAGAGCACAGAUCCUCGGUCUGUGAUUAACCUGCUAAGGAACGUGUGUUCGGAAGCUGCUCAGAAGCGCAGCCUGGACCGAUGAGAUCAGCUCAAGCCAUGUUUAAGUUUCCUUGCGUACAAGAGAACGUUCACCUCCGUUGUGCAUGAGGGGCCAGAGAGACACUAAACUGGAAGCGUGGUGCUGCUGAACUGAGGAAUCAUUCCUUUACUGCAAUGAAGCAAGCAGCAGAGUAAAAUGUUACAACUGCUGUGCCAGGGCUGGAAAUGCAAUGUAUAAAUAUUAUCACUUUAAUUUCCUGGAGAUUAAUUUUAUAGCACAUGCUAUAACUGAUUGGACAAACAAUUCAGUCAGUUUUUGCUUGAAAGAAAUGCGAGGGAUAAUGCAUACAAGCUGUGGUGGAAGAUUAAAGAAACUGCCUGGUGCGCCGUGUGUUUCAUCAUAUAAUUUGUGCAUUCCUAUGAAACUUUUUUUCAGUGUUUGAAAUAAACACACUUUUACUGGUGUGGUAAGUUCCA